AGGUGCUAUUCUCCUUGCAGAUUUUUUAGCACAAGAUCAAUUUUUAUUAGUACUUAAUUUACAAGGUAAUGAUAUUCAUCGAAAAGGUGCUCAAAGUUUAGCUCAUGGUCUUAAAGGAAAUCAAGCAUUAUCAUCUUUAUCACUUGCUGAUAAUAGUAUUGGAAAAGGUGGUGGAAUGGCAUUUGCUGAAACUCUUCAAAUAAAUAUUAAUCUUGAAAAUCUUAAUUUAUCAAAUUGUGAUUUAGAAAUGGAUAGUCUAAUUGCAAUAUUAACUAUUCUACGUUAUAAUCCAAGUAUAAAAUCAAUUGAUAUAAGUCGUCCAGUACCUCAAUUUCAUUAUACAAAUUGGAUGGAUGAUGUUGCUAUUCAUAUUGCAAAUAUGCUUGAGAAAAAUACUGUUUUACAAGAAUUACAUGUUCAAAAAUUUGAAAUUCGUGAUGUAGGUUUUAUGUGGAUUUGUCAAAAAAUGCAACAUAAUCAAACAUUAUAUCAUCUUGAUCUUAGUUGUAAUCGAAUUACACGUGAUGGUGCUAUUUAUUUAGGACCAAUGCUUGAAAAAUGUAGUCUUCUUCGACUUAAUUUAGCAUUUAAUCGAUUAGAAGAUGAAGGUGCAGGUCAUAUAGCAACAGCAUUACUUCAUUCAAAUUCGAAACUUCGAAGUCUUGAUAUUCGUUCGAAUUAUAUUAGAGGCGAUGGAUUAUGUAGUAUUGCCGAUGCAGUUAAAUUUAAUUCAGCACUGACAGAAUUAUUUCUUUGGGGAAAUGUUAAUGAAGAACGAGCAUGUUUAGCUUUUGAAAAUCUUGUUAAAAUUCGUCGUUUUGACCCUGAUAAUAUUGAUGUUGCACCAUAUCGUGUUGAUGCUCGAACAUAUCUCGCUGAAUCUACAAAUAAUCUUGAUAAAUAUGCAUAUUGGAAGCAAGUUGAACCACGUCUUCGUGUUCAACCAGCUGUAAAUCGAGAACCAUUGAGUGAACGUGCCUAA